ACGACGAAGUUCCAAGAUCAGCUAUCAGGCCAACAGUGGUAGGUAGUAGGACCAUUGGUAGUGAGUGGCCUUUCACAGCACCUAGCUUGGUGAAGUGAGUUCGUAUCCUGGCUGUUUUGGGUGCCAAGGAUCUGAGAGCCUUUAAAGGCCCGUUGGUAGAGCUAAACAGUGCUCCAAUUGUGCCCAAGAGGAAUGUGAGUACGUUAGAGCAGUCUUCAGUUGUGAUUUGGUUUUCGUAGUGGACGGAGCACUCGUGAUGUGGUGAAUGUGAUGAAAUGCGUCGUGAAAGUUUGUUAUGGAUGAAGAGUUUGUUGAUCCAUAAGAGGACAGGGGAUGAAGAUCAUCGUCAUCAUCAUUUCUCUUGUCGAAGUUCCGACUUGGAAUCGUGUCAAUAAUCACUCCGAGAAUUCAACUCAAAAACUUUGGAACCCGCUACCUACUCUCUCUGUUUCUGUGUCUCUUGAGAAUGUGAGAAAAAGAAGAAAAUGACGAAGACGAAGUGAACGCCCAAUUGAAUAAACAAAUACGGUGCAGUCAGUGAGGGACAAGACGGCUUAUUUUUCAACUAACCCCGACGACAGGCAAAGUGGGUGUCAUCUGAAGUGCUCACCGUGCCGUGGCAACCGAGUGGGGGAAUUGAAAUAAUCAGGAGUUGUGUGUAACAUGACACCCCAGAUCUGCUCAUUUGAGCGCUGUUCGUCCCUGCCACUGCACUCCCAUUGCUCUUUUUCCAACUUCUGCCUCUUCCAAUCAACAUCUCAAUGCUUAACUUCCAUUACCGAAAUCAACGGGACGCUCUGGGGAGGCUCGCGUCGUAGUUAAAUGAGGACAGAUCGAGUUGUAGGGCUCGCAUCUCCAGGUCGAACCAGGGACGCAUAGUGUGGCGUAAAACGAGCCAACAUUCGCCAUGGACAAGCUAUCCAAUAAACUCCGUCUCGUUCGGAGUCAAUCGAUGGGCGUGGGGAUGGGUAGUGUGGCCAUUCAUCCGGAUAAGAUACCGGUUAUGCGACGCACCCCGUCCCACGCUGAUGGGCGGGCAGCCUCCAUCGUCCUUUUGGAUGAGAGGCGCUUGGAAAUGCUCAUUCAACCUCGAUUGUAUGCGGGUGAGCUCCUUGAUUUGGUGGCUUCUCAUUGCCAAUUGAAAGAGAAGGAGUACUUUGGUCUGGCUGUGGUGGACGAUAGUGGUCAUUACACUUGGCUUCAGCUAGAUCGCAAGGUUUUGGACCACGACCUACCCAGGAAGCCCCAGACGUUGACCGUCCAUUUCCUGGUUAAAUUCUUUAUCGAAAGUAUUGCCCAUUUGUCAGAUAACAAAACCAUCGAGCUAUUCUGCCUCCAAGCGCGAAGUCUAAUCUUUCGUGGUACGCUCGAAGUAGAAUCAGACAUUGUGUUUCAAUUGGCAGCGCUCUCUCUACAGGGAUCGCAUGGCGAUUUCAUCGAUGAUCUCACCACUCGGUCCCUCAUCAAAAAGAGUCCCAUCUUGCCCGCCACCGUUCUCAAGGAGAACGCCUCUAUGACUUAUUGUGAGGAUCAAGUCAUUGAUCACCACAAGAAAAUGAACGGUCAAACUCGCGGCCAAGCCGUGGUGAACUAUAUGACCAUCGUGGAAUCCAUGCCCACAUAUGGGGUCCACUAUUUUGAAGUGUACGACAAACGGCAAACCCCAUGGUGGCUGGGGCUCAGUUGUAAGGGCAUUGCCCAAUACAGCUACAACGACCGAAAAGUGCCAGUCCGCGUCUUCCCUUGGAAGCAAUUGGAGAAUCUUUACUUCAGAGAUAAGAAGUUCUCCAUUGAAGUUCACGACGCGAAGCGCGUCGUUCAAACUCUAAGUAGUUUCAAUUUAUACGAGGAUGCGUUGAAACUCGACUCCGGUAAUCAAGCUAAGGAUGAGCUUGUGGAUGCCAUUGCAGAUUCCACCACUCAAGUGUCCGUGUCUCGACGAAGUUUCAACCCGGGUAGCAUCCAUGUGUAUGUGUGGUUCGGCAAGACUCAAGGCCUUACUAAAUGUAUUUGGCAAAGUGCAAUCUCUCAACAUCAGUUCUACUUGGAUCGAAAACAGGCCAAGAUGCGGCAUAACCCACAACGAACACUCAAAGAGAUAGCCCGUGAUCUAUCAAGAAGCACUGCAUCCCUUUCAAGUGCUAGUUCCCUCUCAAACCUUAGUCGCAGUGAAUCUACUCAUAGCUUGGCUGGAAUUUCCACAGGUGCCGGUAGUACUUUGAGUGGGAGUAGAAUUUUGACAGAAGAGGCGAUGCAAGAACAGAGCGAAGAGGCCAAGAGAGCCCGCAUGGAAAUGAUUGCGGCCUUGAAGGCUCGCCGAGAGGCUUUGGAGGCUAAACUAAAAGACAAGGAGAAGCAGCUCAAAGAGAUCUGCGUCAAAGAAGGUGAAUUAACCGGAGAGCUGCCUCCCGAGACUCCCUUGGCUCCGGGAGAACCACCGCCACAAAUUCGAAGAAGAAUGGGCACCGAGUUUGCCCUCUCCGAGGAUUUACUCAGGAAGAAAAACUCUCCGGAGGAAGAACAGCUCACUGCCCUGGAAUUGGAAUACGAAAUCCAAAGUAAGAUCACCUCUGCUGCUUUGAAGUUAGCUAACGACUCAAGUGCACCAAAAUCGGUGCGCAAGCAGAGGAAAAUCUCUUACCAACAAACUAUGCGGAAAUUCCGUGAAAUCGAAAAUAAGCUCAACAAAUUAAAGAGUACGGGUGGCAACCAUCACUCUCAAAUCCAAAGACGCCAUCGCUCAACGACCAGCGAUCUCUCGCCAGAUCCUCGUCAACAUUAUAACCGUCGGAGCAGUGCCGAGGACAUUCGGCGAGGAAUUUCUGUCCCCGACCUGGAUGCAGUCUCACAUCGUCAAACUCCACCUAAUGGGUUCUUGGAAAGUAUUGAUGACGUUGACGGGUUUUCUCCUCGGUCUUGUCCCAAUUCCCCAAGAAAGAAUUUCAACAAUCAAAAACCUCCAGACAGUAUCAGCCUCGAGCAUCCCAACUCUCAUAGGGCGCCCACUAUCACAUCAGGCUACAUUCCGUCCUCUGUGUACUUGAGGUCUUCAUAUAGGGCCAAACAGUUCCCGACCUUGAGCACCAACUCCUCAAAAGUACCUCUUUUGGCCACGGCUGAAAGGGGCGUUGACUCGUCGGGUCGAUCUGCUACACUGCCCACUUCACCAUUUAGAAACAAGUAUGAGGAUCCGCGACUGACUCAAUGCGACUCUCCUGUGGGAUUGUACAACAUUCCCCAACAGAGAACGAGCCAAGCAUUUUCUUCCUUGGAUGACAUUGAUGCUCUCACGACAAAUACCUUGAACCGAGCUUCUGCGUUGAACUCUGGCAGCAACAUCUCGAUUCAAGGGCCUCAACCUCCACCCAAAGCAACUUCGCGGAGUCAUUUAGGAGGGCAGUUCGGGCCCAUGCGAAUGGGAAGCUCUUCGCCGUCCAAUCAGUACCCCAGCCUCGAACGAGCCAUGCGGAGGCGUCAGCCUGGGCUGAAUCCCUUGAUGGCCAAUAGGGAGUUGCCAGCCUUACCUAAAUCCUCCAGCCCAACAGUAAGGUCAUCCAUCGAGUCCUUGUCUUCGGCAUCACUGUCUUCUCGAGUCGAGUCCGCUCGAAGCAUGGAAGAUCUGGAAUCGUUGGAGGCCUCUGGCUUUCGAGGACAUUCUAAGAUGCAAUACAGAGAGGUCAUGAUCAAUGGCAAUCCCAGUUCCACGGGUUCUCAUGAUGACCCUCUGGAUCCAAGUUUGAUGGCCGAUGCAAUGAGUAAGAUGAACCUAAGCAGUCGGCCUCAUCACCUUAGAAAUACAGAAGAAUACCCGCCACACUACUCUCCCUCGUCCUCCACGACAUCUGUGAUAUCCUCCUCAGGCGUAGCUUCUUCCAAAGGUAGUCAUCAUAUGUUGGGUAUCCGGCCACUAGAAACGGGUGGACCCUAUCCCAGCUCUCAUGCCAAAUUGGGGACGUUGUUACCAGGACAAACCUACCCGGAGCCAUCAGCUAAACCCCUAGCGCCUGCCAUUGGGCUCCAUGAUGUGUUUUAUCAGCAUCACAAGGCAAUUUCAGAGGCCUUGAGCCCGACCCCAUCGCAUCAACAGCAACAGCUAUUGCAGUCGCAACCACAGCCACCACCUUCCUCAUCAUCAGCGGGAGGCGCCAUGUCCUCACAUAGUCCGUCCAUGUCAUCCAGUACCUCAUCAGUCCUUUUGUCACAAUCCAAAAGAAUGAACCGCACUAAUUCCGUCCAAGAGGAACGACAUUUCCAUCACUCCAAUGAUGGGGCUCCUCCUCCUCCGCCACCCCCUCUCUUCCCCAAGCAACAGUAUUAUCAAGCUCAAAGACGACGGAGUGGCAUGAUGGGGGGCGGAGAUCUCCCCCUGCCGAUUCAGUCCACCCCUCAAAGUGUGAUUCCUGCAGUGGCACAUUCUUCGAUCCUGCCCGUUCCUCCUCGAUCGGUAGUGAGCGAAUCUCCGGCAGUGAACCGAAAGGUCAAACCCAUCAUGGCAACCCCACCAUCCACGUCGGCAACGUCCACAAAGAGCGUCUUGAAUGACUCGUUUGAUUCUCCAGUGGACCUUAAUGUGAGUGUCCCAAUCACUUCACCUUCCGCUGCCUUCGACAAAAACCAACAGCAAGCCCCAUUUCGUAAUGAAUCCACCAAACCCUUUGAAAUGUCGGAUUUCUACAAGUACAGCACCAAAUUCAGGAAACCCAGUGUGUCCGCAACUUCGACAUCGAGCAGCAAAUCCGGGGAGACCAAUAAUAAUACCUCAGUUGGUGACAUCAGUGAGGGUAUGAGCGAUUCCCCCAGAAGCAGUACGGCUAGCGGAAGCAGUAGUUCGAAUGGAGGUGCUCCACCCUUGCUCCCAGCCAAAUCGCCGAAGAAACUCCCUCCUCCCGUUAAUCAGACGACGAACGGGGAUUUAGGAGACGAUUUUUCCAGCGAGAUGUUGGCCUGGUACAAUGCCCAACAGAAACAGCAAGGUUCUCAUUCGAAUGGAAACAAAGGGACAUCCGCCAAGCAAUCCCAUCAUCCAACCAGCAAUCCGGCCACAUUGGUGUAAUGCGAGGGUAGACGCAGAGCAAUCGUUAGAUCACUUCCAAGUUUUUUGUUCCCAAUGGAGAACACUGGCAAAGUACAAAUCAAGAACAUGAAGGAUGACGAGUUGCCAUGUUGUCUUCGGUUUGAAUCAAAUCGAAAAAUGAAGUUAAAAAUGUUUUUUCUUGUCUAAUGUUUGGGAUGUCCAGCAGCAAUAUUACAAAUAAAAGAAGUGGAUAUGCGCAAA